AUGAUAUACUACCUCACCUCUGCUAACGAUGCCAGACAAGUUGCAACUUAUCUUUGGAAUAAUUUCUUGGGUGGAACAACGUCUUCUCGCCCUCUUGGAGACGCUAUUUUGGAUGGAAUAGACUUUGAUAUCGAAGGAGAUACGAAUCAACAUUGCGAUGAUCUUGCAAAGUACCUUUCUGCUUAUAGCAACAAGGGUAAGAAGGUGUGCUUAACUGCUGCACCACAAUGCCCUUUCCUUGAUGCAUGGGUUGGAGGUGACCUCAAAACGGGCCUUUUUGACAAACUACGUUUAUGUGUCACUAAUGCAGUGGCUUGUUGA